AUGAAGGAACAUAAGGAUGGAAUUUAUUAAGGAGGAUUAAAUGCAAAAUAACAAAAACAUGGGCUUGGAGUUUACUUAUGGGAUGUUGGUUCUGCUUAUUAUGGAGAGUGGAAAAACGAUUUGAUUGAUGGAUAAGGAAUCUUGUUCUUAGGUGGGUAGAUCAUCAUCUAAGGUGGUUUCAAGAGAGGAGUUGCUCAUGGAUAUAUUGUAAUAAAGGUUGGGACAAGAGUGUUUUAUAGUUAAUUCGACAAAGGAGAGGCUAUAUUCAUUUAGGAAGGAGAAAGAAAGAUCACAAUACAAUCAUCAAGUGCUUAGAUAACUCAUGAUUGUACAUAAGAAGCUGAUCAAAUAUUAUAGGGAAUAAGUAAACUACAGUAAGGGGACUUACAAAUAUAGUUAUUUAAUCAUUGUAUCUACUAUGGAAAUGUUGGAAAAGCAAAUUUACCAAAUGGUUUAGGAAUAGAGAUUUCAAAUUUAUUCUAUCAAUGUGGAUAGUUUGUUGAAGGAAAACUUAAUGGUUUGGGUAGAUUAGAUUAAUAGGAUGAGAUCUAUCAAGGCUAAUUCCAAUAAGGUAUAUAUCAUGGGAAUGGAUUGAUGGUAUUUAAGGAUCAGAGAAUUUAAUGGGUGAAAGGGAAAUAUAAUCAGGGAUAGUUGGUGGAAAUCAAGAGCAGCGGAUAUUUGGAAUAAAUGGAAACUCCGCAAGAAUUAGUGUGUAAGUCGUCAUUAUAUCUUUGUUAGUUGCAUUCUCUAAAAAAGUUAAUUAGUAAUACAUAAUAACUCCAAUAUCAAAGGAGAUAAUAUUGGGAUAUAUAAGAUUAUUUGAAGUGAUGCAAUUCGUAAGGCUUCGAGUUAAUACCUUAACUGAAAUCAAAUCAUAAUAAUACCCUCCUUUGAGAAAAUAUAGUACUAAAGCAACUACUUUAAGUAAAUCUGUGGAGGAAAUAAGGAAACUAUAAAGUUAAUUUAAUACAAGAAAUCUCGAUUAAUAACAUCAGAUCUAUGAGUUUAUAUUGGACCAACAUGAUGAAAAUUAGACAUAAAGAAAGACUGAUACUUAGUAAUCAAGAACUAAAACUUAACCAACAGAAGAUUAUUUUGAAAAUAAAAUUUCAUUUGGCUUACUUGAAAUUCCAAGUCUCAAGAAUUCCAGAAAAACAGCAGCUUUUUAAGUUGAAGAAUAACAAUAAUAAAUUAGGAAGAAUAGUGAUUAUAAUUAAAAAAGAUCAUUAUCUUAGAAUGAAGUUAAGUAAAAAUAAUAAUAAUAAUAACAAUAAUAAUAAUAAAAAUAAUAAUAAUAAUAAACUAAUGAUCGUAUGUUAACGUUAAAAAAUAUUUUAGAAGCUUAGAAAUAAAAAUAUAAUUCUGAUUUUAAAUAAAAGAAGACAGUAUUUGCUGAUAUCUAAUCUACUACUGCAUAGAGAACUAAAUCAAUUAUACAAUAAAAUAAUAAAAAUCUUCAAUGUUUAAGUGAAGUUGUGUAAAAAGAGUUAAAUAGAUCUCCACCUAGUGAGGAAAGAAGAUCUACUAUAAAGCCUAUUUAUGUUUAAAAUGAAGAAAAUGAAUAACAAUAAUUAAGUUCCCAAAAAACUCUACCUAGUAAAUUCAAUGUAGAUUAUACAACUGCGUAUAAUGAUCAUAAAAAUAAGAUUCAUAGUUUACUUAAUAAAUUCAACAGUAUUAAAAUUAAGCCAAACAUAAAAUAAGAAACUUAAAACUAUGGAUUUUCAACCAAAUCAUUAAGUUCAAAAUAAUCUAUAUAAAAAGUGAAUGAUGGAAAUGAUGUACCUUUAGGAAAUAUCUAAAACUGCAUCUCUUUGGUAUCUCAUAAAAAUACUAUUCAUGAAAAGAAUUUAUAAACUUCAUUUGAAAAAUAAUAAUCCAAAAAAAUGGAUGACUCAAAUUACCAUUCAUGUAAUGGUAAUUGUACUCAAAUCCAAUCAGAAGAUCCAAAUACUAAGUAUAUCUAAGAAAUUAGAUAAGAAUUAGCUGAAUAAAAAUAAAUGCUCACUUAACUAUUCUAAUCUCUAUAAUAAAAAUAACCAUAAGCUAAUAAAUAAUACAUUAAGAGAUUACCUAAUACUCCUUAAAGAAAUAUUCAAGUGUAAUAACAACCAAAAUAAGUUUAUGUCUAUCCAACAUUCACACUUGUUAAAUCAGUUUCCCCAGUGAGACUUUGAA